AUGGCUUCUGUGCCGGCCCCUGGUGUCGCCAUAGCUGAUCUGCCGAAAACAUGGACCUUCACUUCAUCGCUCCCUCCCGACCCCCUCUUCCCGACACCGGCAGAUUCUCACAAGACUCCACGGGAUAAAAUUGGUCCCCGUCAGGUCCGCGGUGCCCUUUUCACCUGGGUUCGUCCAGAGCCGGUCGAGGACCCUGAGCUGUUGGCCGUGAGCCCAGCCGCAAUGCGCGACCUGGGCAUUCAGCCGGGUGAUGAGCAGACGGAAGAGUUUCGCCAAACUGUUGCCGGAAAUCGGCUUCAUGGAUGGGACAACGAAAAGAUGGAGGGGGGGUACCCCUGGGCCCAAUGCUAUGGCGGGUUUCAGUUUGGACAAUGGGCCGGCCAGUUAGGUGACGGCCGUGUCGUUUCGUUGUUUGAGACCAGGAACCCAUCUACCGGCGUCCGCUAUGAGUUGCAGCUCAAGGGAGCCGGCCUCACCCCUUAUUCUCGCUUCGCCGAUGGCAAGGCUGUCCUGCGCUCGAGCAUCCGCGAGUUCAUCGUCUCCGAAUCUCUCAACGCCCUCGGCAUUCCCUCCACUAGGGCUCUAUCUCUGACGCUUCUCCCACAUGUUAAAGUCCGUCGUGAGACGAUCGAACCUGGCGCCAUCGUUCUCCGCUUUGCCCAGUCCUGGCUACGCCUGGGGACAUUCGACCUACUACGUGCCCGCGCCGAUAGGCCGCUAUUGCGCACCCUCUCCACCUACGUCGCUGAGAACGUGCUUGGAGGCUGGGAGGCUUUGCCUGGCCGGCUCGAUAACCCAGACAAACCUGCCAAAUCCUCUGCCCCAGCGAGAAGUGUGCCCGCUACUGAGAUCCAGGGCCCGGAGGACGCGGCAGAAAACCGUUUCACUCGGCUCUUCCGCGAGAUAACCCGCCGAAACGCCGUCACCGUCGCCCACUGGCAAGCCUAUGGCUUCAUGAACGGAGUUCUCAACACGGAUAACACCUCCGUCCUCGGCUUGAGUCUAGACUUUGGUCCCUUCGCCUUCAUGGACAACUUUGACCCCACUUACACCCCAAACCACGACGACUUCCUUCUUCGAUACAGCUAUCGCAACCAACCCACCAUAGUCUGGUGGAACCUCGUGCGUACCGCCGAGGCCAUCGGCGAGCUGAUGGGCGCCGGUGCCGCCGUCGACGACCCAACCUUCAUCGAGAAGGGCGUCCGCGAAGAAGACGCUGGCGUCCUCGUCGCCCGCGCAGAGAAGAUCAUCAGCCAAGCCGGCGAGGAGUACAAGGCAGUCUUCCUUGCCGAGUACAGACGUCUCAUGGCCGCCCGUCUCGGCCUCCGCAAGCUGUCCGAUGACGACUUUGAUAACCUCCUCAGCCCCCUCCUCGACACCCUUCAUGAGCUCGAGCUCGACUUCCAUCACUUCUUCCGCCGCCUCAGCGGAACUCGCCUCGACGAACUUGAGACGGAACAGCAGCGCAAGGACGCUGCCGCGCGCUUCUUCCACCACGAAGGCAGCACCGGCGGCGCCAGCGAAGAGGACGCUCGUGCCCGAGUCGCUUCGUGGCUCGACAAGUGGCGGGCUCGUCUGCUGGAGGACAAAGCUGAAGACGGUGGCGACGCUGCUGGGACAACAGACGGGUCGUCGACGACGUCUUGGGAGGACCGCCGUAUCAAGGCCAUGAAAGCCGUGAACCCCAACUUUGUCCCUCGUGGAUGGAUCCUGGACGAGAUCAUCCGCCGUGUUGAGAAGGGGGGUGAGAGGGACGUUCUGCGACGCGUGAUGCAUAUGUCACUACAUCCUUUCGAGGACAAGUGGGAUGGUGAGGUGUCUGAGGAUGGACAGACCUAUUCGGGCGACCGGGAGGAGGAGGAGAGAUGGACGGGUGAUGUGCCGAGACUGGAGAGGGCCAUGCAAUGCAGCUGCAGUUCGUAG